AUGAAUCGAGACGUGGAAAUUGAUAGUUUUGACGAUGAUUGUGUGAUUAUAGAAAAACCAGCUCCGAAAACGCCAGAGUACAUACAACUGGAUUCGGACGACGAUAUUCCAGAAGCGAACUCAAAGGACCACCCCGAUCAGACGUCUUCAAUUUCAACUUCCAAUUUAUCGAAAAUGGAGUCAAAAAUGAACUCAAGAAGGAACGGGGAUCCACUUUAUUACGCGGACCCAUUCCCAUCCGAGGAGGAGGAGACCCCCAACAUGUGCAAUUUCCCUACGUCAUACCUCCAACGUCGAUUCCGGGAGCAUGAGGAGUUGGUGAAGAGAUUGACGGAGAAGAACCGACUGAAACACGCGAGACUCGAUGCUAUGGAGAAGUUGCAGGCGGCGGAGGCGGCUAAUAAGGAAUAUGACAUGCCUUCGUCUACUUCAUCUCAGCUGUAUGAGUCGUGGUCGCCCAGUUACAGUCAGUCGCCUGAUCAGACUCAACAACAAGAACAAGUAAAUGGACACUCGACAGUCCGAUCCUUUUCUCCCCGUGAAGAUGCAAUGGCAUCAAAAAGAAUCGAGAAGAGCCGACUUGAAGCUCCAGUUGUUGAAUCCCAGGAACAAUUACAUCAUCGCCAGCAAUCUUCCGGAUCAGCUUCAUUCUAUGGUAUAAAAACCAAUCGGGACGAUGUUUUCAAUAUAAGAGAGGAAUCUUCAAAAGUAAAGACGUUGCAACAGUUUCUUGCGUCGAACAAAAGUCGACUCCCUAUCGGAUCUAGACAAUCAAAUGCUGAAAUAACGGAAGAUGAGCAGUGCGACGAGGAAAUACGAAUAGUAUUUGACAGAAAUCUUCAUUUACGCGAGAACGGAAAAGACACUGCAUUCGUUUCAGGAAAAUCACCACAACCGACGCUCCACAUUCAGCAACAUGCCGUGCGUGAAUCCGAAAUUUCGGAAGGUCAUAAGAAGUAUCGUGAUCGUCAUGCUUCUGAAGUGGUAUAUCGUCGCGAUUCUGGCAACAGCACGGAUUCCCAUUCAACACGCUAUCGUCAUGAUUCACGUCGUCGCGAUGUCGAAUACCAACGUCAUCGUCAAGAUUCUGAAUCCUCUCGAACUGGGAGAAGAGGUGAAAGAAGACUUCAAGAAGAUCAUUCGAGAUAUUCGUCGCAUAAUAACCGUGAUCGUGGCAGUGGAUUCAGAAGAACUCCGGUGGAAAAUUGUCGAUCAGAUGGAAAUAGACGCGCGCGCUCUCCUCCCAUCGAAAGUACGUCACAACGACCAUCUGUGUCAGAAUUAUGCCGACAGUUUGAAGGGAUACGAGCAGGAAAAAGAGGGAUUGAGGAGGACAAUGAGAAUUCCACUCAACCUCUUCCGAAACGUCGUCUCACAGAACUCACAGAAGAACAAAGGGAACUUCUCAUUGCUAACGGGAUUCCGGAUUUGAGAGAAAUCGAGGCGGGGACUGCCUCAUACAUCAAAUCGGACAUCAGUGUGCUUUCAGCGAAAGAGAUUGAAGAGCUUGCAAGACUUCGUGCAAUAACUGAACACGCGAGAUCUCAACGAGGGACGCAUCCGAUUCCGCUGAAUUGUACCGGAUACGUGGCCAAAUAUCUCGACGAAAUAACCCGUCGAUCUGGAUGCAGAAAGAUGAGAAUUGGAAGAACCAAGUAUUCGAAUAGAUAUCGAUAUGUGCAUAUUCGAGGAGAAGCCGAAACGAUUGAGAAUGCUCGACGAGAAUUAGAUGAGAUGUGUUUGGAGAAACUGGAGGAUGAGUAUGAAUACAAUGUGAAGCAUCAUCGAACCAAUUCAUACGUCUACUACUGUCAUUACAUUCCAGAAAAGUGUAUUGCGAAAAUGAGAACGCAACAGGAGUAUCGUGAAGCAUGUAGACGAGCGGCGCUUAACGGUGUUCAACUGUCGCAUCAAAUGCAUCCGUCGACAGAAGAAGACAAUCCACCGAUGGAAAUGAGGGGACUCGCUUGUGCUAUUCGUCGAGCAAAAGAGGAUCUGAAUGAACAUAUUCAAGAAAUUCUCGAUCAGAAGACAGUUUUCGUGCCAAUUCCAACCGAUAAUUAUGUAAUUGGAGCACUAAUUGGAACCAAAGGAUCAGUGAUCCGAGAUAUCGAAAUGGAGACGACGGCUCUCGUUUUUAUUAAUAAAGAAAUGGGCGUGGCUGAAAUCGAAGGUGGAGAAAAAUCGAUUGAAAAGGCGAAAAAACGAAUCGAACGUAUCAUCGAAGAGCAGCAGAAACUGAAGAAAAUCACUCGAGAAAUGGAAAUUUCAACUGAUUUUAUUCGAGAUGUUAUUGGAAGACAAGGAUUGGUUAUCCAGAGAAUUCGAUCGAUAUCUGGUGCUGGAAUCUUCAUUCCACGUGUUUCAAUGGCAGAAAGAGUCAUUGUGACGAUCACUGGAACUGAGGAACAAAUCGAGAGGGCUCAGAUGGAAAUUGGACUCAUUCUCGAUCAAAUUAAUCACAAUUAUCGAGGACGUUCCCCGUCUUCUUCACAACAUUCACCAGAUUCUCAUCGAUCAAAUAGAAAUAUAAAAAGAGAACGUAUUGACGAUGAGGAGGAGCAGAGUUACCACCGACAACGUUAG